AUGGCCGCACUUGAUGUCGCCACGCUCAUAAUCUACCUCGCCCUAGCUGGCCCAUCCCUCUUCGUCUGGUGGAAGCAUGGCCGAAAAGGCUUCCUAGGCUGGUUUUACAUCCAUAUGUUCUGUGGCAUCCGGAUCGUCAGUAGCGCAGUUACGCUCGUGAAUGAGAAGCAACACAACAUCAGCGUCAAAGUCCUUCUAAUCAUCUCCAGCAUUGGGCUUUCGCCUCUCCUUCUCGCCUGUGCUGGAAUUCUUCAUGAAGCACGACGAGCUCGCAACCCAAAAGUCAACAACAAACUAGAGUGGUUCUUGCAAAUAAAUUUCCACGUUAUUGUCGGUGCAGCGAUCAACCUGAUCAUUAUCGCGCUCAAUAAAGUCGAGAAUGAUCACACUGAUCCUGCCAAGAAUACCAUGCUGAAAAUUGGCUAUGCUGUCAUCGCCAUCUCCUGGGCCAUCCUAUUCGUAUGGACCCUCGUGUCACGCCUGAAUCAGAAGAACCAAGCCACAGACGAUACCGCUAGACACGGCACGAUGAUGCUGAACGCGAUUCUGAUCUGUCUACCAUUUUUCGCGGUGCGAGUCGCUUAUGGCGCCCUGUCUCUGUUCCUCGACAACGAUGGCUUCAAGAAAUCCAAUGUCGACAAGAUCAUCAUGAGCGUCGUACCAGAAGCUAUCGUCGCCGUUGUCUUCCUUCUUGUAGGGUUUGUUUCCCGCAACAUGUGGAAGAUUCCCAGAGUGAGCGGGUCUACUGAAGAAAUCAAACCGCUUUACGACAGCGCGACCGAAAACCCCUACUUUUAUCAGCGAAGUGGGCCCCCUCUCCUCCCAUACAAAAUAGCCCUACGACCAGGGGCCCACUAUUACAAGUAA